AGUGGCCCGUCUGCAGCGUGAAGUUGCCCAAAGAAGGAAUGAGGGGGCCAUGCAUGAGAAGCUGAUACAUGAAUUGGAAGAGGAGAGACACUUACGUCUUCAGAGUGAGAAGCGUUUGCAAGAAGUGACAUUGGAAUCUGAGCGCAACAGAAUUCAGAUGCGUUGCCUGCAGCAGCAAUUCUCCAGGAUGGAAGAAACAGUGCGGAAUCUAUUGCAGAGUCAAGGCCCUCCAGAACAGAAAAAAGGAGAAACUGUUAAUAUAAUGGUCUACCAGGAAAAACUAUUAGAGGAAGAAAAGAAGCACAAGGAGGUUUUAGAAGAUCUUCGCAUGGUAGUAGAUGAGGAUUCGAAGAGCGAUAGCAGCAGUACAGAUGAGGGAAAAGAAAAGACCAAAUUGCUGUUAGAAAGAUUGAAAGCUCUUGAGGCAGAAAAUUCAGCACUGGUGUUGGAAAAUGAAAGUCAAAGGGAAGAGUAUGAGAGGUGUCUGGAUGAGGUAGCCAACCAGGUUGUUCAAGCUCUACUAACUCAAAAGGAUCUAAGGGAAGAAUGUGUAAAAUUAAAAACAAGAGUCUUUGAUUUGGAACAACAGAAUCGGACAUUAAGUAUACUAUUUCAACAGCGUAUCAGGCCAACUUCUGAUCUUCUUUUCCAGAAACUUCACUCACGAAUCUUAGAUCUCUCUUCUGGAGAUAUGCUUUCAGAGGUGGAAAGAAGCCGAAGUUUAACACAGUCAUGGACCGAUGUUAGGAUGCACGAAUGCCAACUGAAUGCAAAAUUAGGAGCCCCUACUUUGAGAUGUCAUGGUUUAGGGAUUGUUAUCCCUAGUCAUCUCUGUCCCCGAAAUAGCUGCAGUAGCAGUGAUCUGUCCCUUUCAAGUACCUGCAGUGAGUACUCCAGUGGUUCCUCCAACACAUGGCAUGACAACAAGAGCCUCAGGAAAUGGAAAACUUCACACAACUGGGAUAAAAGACUAAGUAUAGACUCAUCGCUCCCAAGCGGCUUCACCAGUCCUACAGAUGAACUACCUCUAACCCGUAUCAAGGAAAGCCACAUUCUGGAAGGACUAAGAAAGCUACAGAGGCGAAAAGUGUUACUUGAACCCCCAUCAGUUAUAACGAAAUGGGGCUAUAAAGAUUGCAUGAACUCAAAUGAAGGAAUCUAUUCUCCAGGUAUCAAGAGUUGUAGCCUCCAAGAGCAUUCAGCUCACCAAUCAACAGACAUGGAGAACCCCUGCCAGGAAUCCCAUAAAACAUUUGUUUAUGACACAGAUUCCCAUGAUGAUACAGAAGAGGAUGUUUCUUCCUUAGCACUGCCCUCAAGUCAGACCUUCAGGCCUCAUGCUUGUAAACUAACCCACAGUUUUUCUGACAGUCUUUUUGGCUGGGACCCAAAAGGAAAAUAUGUUUCAGAAGCUAUGCCCUCUGUUUACCCAAGGGAAAGGGAAAAAAAACUGACCAGUUAUGCCAGCAACUGUCCCUUGGAUAAGAAGUUAUGCCCAGUGGUUCAGGCAGCUCAGUUAGAGAGAGAACAGGGUCCACAUAGUCACUGUUGUGUGGCUCUCAAUCCUCAGCUUUCUGAUACUGAUGACAAUGAAACUUUUGAUGAAUUGCAUAUAGGAAGCAGUGAUGAGAAAAGCCCUUCAGAACUAUCCUUGACUGCUGACACUGACAAGUCCACAGAAAACCUGGAUACUCUCCUGGAACUCAGAAAAUCUCAGUUUGGGUCUCCUGCUCAGGAGGAAACAGAAACGACCCUCCAAUUUGAUAGUAGGCCAAAAACAUUUGGUUUUAUUAAGCAACAAAGUGUUGUAAAAAGGACUUCUUCAGAGGAAUGUAUAACUGUAAUAUUUGAUGCAGAAGAUGGUGAACCCAUUGAAUUCAGCUCUCACCAGACUGGCAUUUUAACUGUUACCAGAAAUGAAAUUUCUAUCAAUCAAGCCACCGUUGGACCUAAGUCAGAACACAUUGAACAUUUACCUCAGGGAAUUGCUCAUUCACAGCCAGAAGCUGCUACAAGAGACUACGCAUUCUUAAAGAGAAAUGAAGAGGAAAAUGAGAAAAACAUUCCAAAAAGUAAUGUGGAGAAAGUCACUGCCAUAUCCACCAAGUCUUUCAGUCCCAGGACAAUAGUACAAAAUGCUCCACGACAAAAACUGAACAAACUAACACACAAUGUGUCAUGCCAGAAUGAUUCUAAGUCUUUGGUAGCCAUGGGACUCUGUCAGAAGCAAAAUCUGUCAAAAAUACCUGCCAGAGGUAAGACUUCACCUCAGAAAUCAAAACUAAUGGAGUCUGAAGCUACUACUAGAAUUCCCUCAUCUAUCCCUGUGACUCUUGAAAAAUCAGUAGCUUUAAUUCCUGGAAAGCUCUCACACAAAAAGAUGGAGGGUUUGGCACCCUUCUUUGAUUUAGGGUCAGAUUCACACAUUCCAAAGCACCCCACCCAACACCCUCAUGGUUCUAAAAUGUCCAGCAGAAGGGAGUGGUCCCAGUACUCCAAGAGUCAGAUUCCAGCAUCACAGAUGUUGUCAAGGUCUCUCAAUGAACCCAGUGAAAAUGGAGAACCUCCCACAAGGGAUAAACACUGUGGCCCAGGGCCAGAGGGAGGCCUGAAAUCCUCUCCACCGCCUCUUCCCCCAGGAAGGUCAGUCUCCCUCCUCAUCAGGCCCAGCUGUGACUAUCUAUCUCCACCUUCAUCUGGGAAGCUUGAAGCUAGGAUCCCUAAUGAAACCAUGAAAACUGGAUUCAAAUCACCCCUUCUGAAAGUAUCUUCUCCUGUUAUUUCUUCCAAUCAGACCAUGAAAGAAAUUCAGGUAAAGAAGCCCUCCCUGGCCUUCAGAAAGCCUCUGUUUACUCAUCCUCUGCCCUCUACAGAAACAGGGAUUCAAACCAGGUGCUCUGCACAUACCUCCACUGGCUCAUUUGGUCUGAAUACUGCAGCACCCUCAAAAGUUUCUCCUAGGAGAAGUGUCGCCAAAACCCCAACACAGUAUAUACCAGGGACCACACAGACAGACAAUACAGGGUCACAGCUUCCCAAGAAUUUCCCUUCAGCCCAUGAACCACUAGGAACACCAUCUUCCAAAAGCAUGCCUCAAGGAAAAAAAGGUCAAUUGAAUGACAACACCUCCAUGUCACCCACGCCUUCCUUCUCAGGGACAAAUGAGUCUCCAUCAUUUCAGGGAAACUGUCCCUCCACAUCAAUAUCCUCUAAAAGUCACAACACCCCACGGGGUAAUCAAAGUACUCAUGAGAAAGGGCUAAAAACUCGCCUUCCAGUUGGACUUAAAGUUCUCAUGAAGUCUCCCCACUUGCUCAGGAAAAGUUCCACAGUACCAGGGAAACAUGAAAAAGACAGUCUAAAUGAAGCCUCUAAAAGUUCUGUAGUUGUGAGCAAGCUGAACACCAAGGACUCCAUGAGGUUAUCGAGCCCUGAUGAAACAGGGCCUGAAAGAAAUGGUUCUUCACUCAGUUUACAAACACAAGAUGGUUUGCCUGACAGUCUUUCCCUAGAAACAUCUAUGCCAGAGACACCAAUAAAUAGCAUCAUGGGGGGUGAUGAAAAAGAUGUGAUAGAAAAUAGGUCAGUGAAAAGAUCUCUUUCUUCUCACAAACCACACUUAAAACCAGCUUUAGGCAUGAAUGGAGCCAAAGCCCGAAGUCAGAGCUUCAGCACCCAUUUAGGAGAUAAACAUCCUGCACCACCCAUGGAAGGAGGGUCAGGCAAAGUCAGAACUCAGAUUAUUACUAACACUGCUGAUAGAGGUAACUCUCUCACUCGGCAGAGCUCUUCCACAGAAGGCUCUCCCAGCAAGAACCCUGCAGCUUCUGUGUCUGACAGUCUCCCUAUUGCUGGAAGGUCUCUGGGGCAUCCUCCCUGCAGGCAAGGCUCCCUAGGGAGCACUACUAUCUCCAGCAAUCAGCAAGAGAGUCCAAGCAAGCUGCCACUGAGGAUUGUUCCAAACUUGGAAGGAUUCAUCACCCCACCUAAAAUAGAAGAGCUGCAAGCCUUCUCACUGAACAGAAGCCCCAAUAUGGCUGUUGCUGAGGGACCAGUGGGCAGCUACUGCAGAUGUCCAUCAACCACAGCAGACUGCCCACAUGCUCUGCACGGUGUAGGAAAGACACAGCAGGCAGAAAAUUUUGAAACAAGCAGAACCUCCAAGAUAGAAAGUUCUGGAAGGUAUCCAGAUACUUCUACCACCAGGACUAGUGCUGUGAGCCCAGAAACCCCCCUUUCACCCACAAUUGAAGAAAAGGUCAUGUUGUGCAUUCAGGAAAAUGUGGAAAAAGGCCAAGUACAAACAAAGUCCACCUCUGUGGAAGCGAAGUCGAAGCCUGGGCCUUCUUUUGCCAGCUGGUUUGGUUUUCGCAGGAGUAGACUCCCAGCACUCAGUAGCAGGAAAAUAGAUGUCUCCAAAACCAAACUGGAGAAGAAAGAUGCAAAAGGUUUGGGGUUUGGAAGCAAACAGUUAAAAUCUGAGAGGAAAAAAAAGAAGUCUGAGCUACAGUGUGAGACAGACAAUGAGCUUAACAGGGACAGUGAGUUGGCAAAUAAUCAUGACAGUGGUUUCCAGUGCAAGAGUAAAAUGAAAACACCACAAGACAUUUACAACCAAAUGACGUUUGAACCGAGAGACAGAAGCAGCCCUGUUGUGUGUUCAACAAAAGAUACCUUUAUAACAGAACUUUUGAACAGAGUUGAUAAGAAAGCAGCUCAACAGACAGAAAGUGGAUCAAAUAAUGUUUCCUGCAGGAGUAUGUUAAAGGGCAGCUCCCAGGGCUCCGCUCUCUCUGGCAGUGCUGUCAGCACUCAAGGAAGCUACAAGAAAAGCAUCAAGACCAAAGCUGAUAUGGAAAUCCCCAAAGACUCCAUGGUAAAAGAAGCAAAGGAAAACAUUCAAGAGGAUGAAGAAAACACAAUUGCAGAUUCCUCAUUUCAGAGCCACAUUAUAGAAUCAAACUGCCAGAUGAGGACACUGGACAGUGGUAUUGGAACUUUCCCUCUCCCGGACUCAGGAAAUCGUUCAACAGGACGGUACAUAUGCCAACCAGGUUCCCUGGAGGAUAUUGAACCCACUCUGUGUCUCCAGCCAGCCCUUUAUACAGCUUCUUCCACAAGAGCCCAGACCCUUGAACGAGAAGUGCCUUUCUCUGCUGAUAGCCGGGGCUCAGAGGAUAACAUAAUUGUUCAUUCCAUAUCCGAUCCCAUCAUGUCGACCAGUGGCAUGCAACCACUUCAAAGUCGUCUCCCCAAACCAGCCUCCUCAGGAAAAAUCACAUCCCCAAAGCAGACUGAAGCAGAACUCAGACCUCCUACCUGCUCUUCAUUUGAAUAUGCUGAAAAUGCAAUGGGCACUGAACCUCUUCCAGACUGGUUAGGUGAAGAGAGGAUCACAGAGACCCAGGACAAGAUACCCCAAAUAUGUGCAUAUUCUGCCAGUGGUGGCAGUGAUAUUGACAGGAACCCGGACUAUGGAAAUAAUGAUUUUGGAGCUGGAAGGGGCAAGUUAGUGAAAGCAAUGAAGAGCACCACUCCAGAAAUUGAAACAAGUUGAAGAAACAAAAGAUCCUGAGAAGAGAUUAACUAAUAUUUCCCUGGAGUCAUUCAAUAAAUAUAACGGCAAUACUGUGAUUUUAUUAGUAAAAGAGAACUCUCUGAGCAAGGUUGAACAACAAAAGGAAGAAAAUGAAGAAAAAUGAAGAGUCAUCUUUGAAUAGCUCAGAUAGGCCUGGGGUAGACAACUUGGAAUCUUUGAGCGACUCUUUAUAUGAUAGCUUUUCAUCCUGUGCAAGCCAGGGUUUAAAUGAUGUAUAAAGGACUAUUUUUUCCCAUAGUGAGCUGAAAAUUGAGCACUUAAGAAAGAGGUGUGGGGAAGGCAGAGAUGACAAUAAACUAUUGCAAAAGCAGAGCCUCUGUUGUCAGAUUCACAGCGCUUGCUACUCUGACAGGGCAAUAAAAAUAACUCCAUUUGCUGUGUUU